AUGGCAGCAGCAGGGGGGACCCGGCCGUGGUGGUUGAGUUACGCUCUCCCCCUGCUCUUGCUGCCACGCUCCGCUCAGCAACAGCAGGGCUUUUCGAUGCCAGAACACGGUCUUUGCCAGACCAUCUCCAUCCCGCUGUGCACUGACAUGGCCUACAACCAGACCAUCAUGCCCAACCUGCUAGGCCACACCAACCAAGAGGACGCCGGGCUGGAGGUUCACCAGUUCUACCCGCUCGUCAAAGUCCAGUGCUCGGGGGACCUCCAGUUCUUCCUGUGCUCCAUGUACGUGCCCGUGUGCACGGUUCUAGAGCAGGCCAUCCCACCCUGCAGGACUCUGUGUAACCGGGCUCGACAGGGCUGUGAGGCGCUCAUGAAUAAAUUUGGCUUUCAGUGGCCCGAGAAGCUGCACUGUGAGAACUUCCCUGUCCAUGGCGCCGGAGAGAUCUGCGUGGGUCAGAACACAUCUGAGAGCAGCGAUCCAAUGACGGAUCCUUCACCAGAUCUCCCAGAGCCGUUCAACUCACCGUCAUUUGCCGUCAGGAACCCGACUUUCUCCUGCCCGUCACAGCUGAAGGUGCCAGCCUACCUCGGCUACCGCUUUCUUGGCGCUGACGACUGCGGUGCCCCCUGCGAGGUGUCCACGCCCGGCGGACUGAUGUACUUCAGAGAGGAGGAAGUCAAGUUUGGACGGCUGUGGGUUGUCUGUUGGGCUCUGCUGUGCUGCGUCAGCACUCUCUUCACCAUCCUCACGUACGGCGUAGACGCGCAGCGGUUUCGCUACCCGGAGAAACCCUUGGUCUUUCUCUCUGGCUGCUGCUUCAUGGUGGCGCUGGUGCACGUCGCCGGCUUCCUGCUGGAGGACAAAGUCAUCUGUUUGGACAAGAUGAAAGCGGACGGUUGGAAGAUGGUGGUUCAGGGUACCAAGGAAGAGGGCUGCACCAUCCUUUUCAUGGUGGCCUACUUCUUCAGCACGGCCAGCUCCAUCUGGUGGGUCAUUCUGUCGCUCUCCUGGUUUCUGGCGGCGGGGAUGAAGUGGGGUCACGAAGCCAUCGAGGCCAAUUCCAGACACUUCCACCUGGUGGCGUGGACCAUGCCAGCUUUGAAAACCGCCGCCAUCUUGGCGAUAGGACAGGUGGAGGGCGACCUUCUCACCGGUGUGUGCUACGUGGGCGUGUACAAUGUUGACGCGCUGCGGGUCUUCGUGCUGGCACCGCUCUUGAUCUGCCUCUUCCUCGGGACCUCCUUCCUGCUGGCCGGCUUCAUCUCGCUCUUUCGCAUUCGCUCCAUCAUCAUGCUUGGCGGCGCUGAGGCUGACAAGCUGGAGAAGCUGAUGGUGCGGCUCGGCGUGUUCAGCGUGCUGUACGUGCUACCCGCCACCACCGUGGUGGCCUGCCACUUCUACGAGCAGACCCUCCGACCGCGCUGGGAACACACGUGGCGCGUGCUGACGUGCGAGCAAUUCGCCCUUCCGUGUCCUUCUGGAAACUUUGCUCCGACAACGCCGGACUUGACCGUGUUCAUGAUCAAGUACCUGAUGACCAUGGUUGGUGGGAUCACAUCAGGGUUCUGGAUCUGGUCUGGAAAGACCGUGCAGUCCUGGCGCCACUUUUAUAAGAGACUGAGCGGCUCAGAGCUGGAAGACGUGGCGCUAUAAGGCAGGUGGGGUCAGACCGCUAUGUUAUGUUGCUACUUUGGUGCUACAGCUAACGCCAAGGCACUAAGGGCGUAUUCACGUCUUUUCUGCUUCUUGCUUUCUCUUUAUGUUUUAAUGCUUGAAAAGGCUUCACUUUUCCCAAGAAUACGCACAGUUAGCUUAAAAACGCAUAGUUUUGGACUACUAAUAGGCCGUAUUCAAGCAGCAAACAGCAGGAUUUAUUCAUUGGUAUAUUUUGAAAGAGCAGGGAACUGGAGGGGACGACUUAUGACGUAUGUCAGUGGCCGUUCUUUCUCAUCACAAAUGACAGUUUUUGCUGUCUUUUGGUUUGUCCUGUCAGCGUGUUUGGUUUCGCUUUUACGCCGGGUGCCCUCCCGUUCAUUGUACAUUUGAAAGGCAAACAUAUGAAACUUCCAAUCUAAUGGAAAAGGACAGGAAGUGAUUGUUUGACCUUUGUUUGCUUUUUCCAGGCAGGAACACACAGCAAAAAAAAAAAAGACAAACAACUGUUGGCCUCUUUGAUGCUUUUAAUUUUGUUAACAGGCUACAAACGUAAACGUGCUCAAUAAAAAAAAGUGACUGAUGAUUCAUUGUGUUAUUAUUUUUAAUGUUUUCUCCUUACAUUUGUCCCUUUUGUUCAGUUAUCCAUUUUUGCUGUACUUUUCUUGUUUCUUUGUAUUUUUAGAAUGGCCAAUAAAAAACACGCGGUUCUUGGGACACCUGCGGUUAACGACAAUGCAAGGUCCCGGUGAGCCACCAUCCAUGAAAAACACUGAAAUAUGACUUAGGAAAAACGGCAAAUUCCACAAUAUGUUGUCCAAACAUUGACUUUACUUGCUUUCAUGUUUGUGUUUGUGUUUUCCGUCAUUUCAUUUGGACCCGCGUGCAUCAGUUUAGACGUUUGUGUUGGCCUGCGCCACAUUCUAAAAGAAAUAAAUAUAAGAAAACUAAAAAAAAAACUAGAAUGAAGUCAAAAUACAAAGAGUUAUUUUAGGAGAAGGACCUGGUCAUAUGAUGAGGAUCAUUUUAGUAGCACAGAGUUGGGAUAUUAAAGAAACAAGACCUUAUCUUUCAAAAAAGUUGGAAUAUGAGAAAGAAAAUAACGUCAUUUAUGGACAAUCGGAUUGGGGGUAGAGUUACGAUGUUACGAGAGUAGAGCCAAAAUAUGAGAAUAAAGUGACAAUUAUGAGAAGAAAGUUAGAAUAGUUGGAAAUGUUAACAAAAACAACAGUAGAAAUGCAAAUAAGGUCAAAGUAUGAAUAGAAAAUGUCUUAUUCUAACGAGAAAAACGUCACAAUUUGACAAGAAUAAACCUGUGAAGAAAAAAAUGUCAAUUAGUUGAAAUAUUAAAGACGUAAGAUGUCAGAACCAAACAAAAGCAAAUCGUGUUUGGCAAAUGAGUUGUUCCGUGUUUUGAAGCUGCUAGAAAGUCCUUGAAGUGGUCACAGGGAAAGAAAAGAUCAACACACGCUGCUGGUGUUGGGCUGCUGAUCAGUAUGGAAUCACAGGAGUGCCAAAAUUAAAAGGCAAUACGUGUGGAAAUACAAAGACAAUCAAUAACACAAAAGUAUACAAAUGUGGUCAUAUUUUUUGGACAAUUUUGUCUUUGUUUUUCUGUAUUGUCUUUGUUUUUUACAAUUUGCCGUUGUUUUUCCUGUUUUGUAUUUGUCUUUUCCACUUGCGUUUUGUCAUUGCCUUUAGUAAUAGCAUGCAAAUGCGGAAGGAUGACGACUACUCCACACGUGAUUACACGAUUCCUGCUUGCAGGGGCUAUGUAGUUAAGGAAACUCGGGAGCCCGGAAAUAUGUCACGGACACAAAGUAGACGCAAAUACAUGUUUAUCAAAAGGAAACGGGGAAAUUUAAAUAUGAUGGAUGUGGACGAAUUGAGAAGAGGUGUUCAACGAGAAUUAUGAGCAAUUGCUCGGUUGGUGGAAAAAGUCAUGGAAGGUUUUGAUUUAAAAAAAGUCUUUAAAGGCUAUAUCUUUGUUGAUGAAUGCAGAUAUGGAUGAAGCUGUGUGGCAAUCUUUAAGAGGUAAAUGCCUUAUUGUAUCUUAUUUAAAUUUCCCCCGUCUACGUUUGAAUGACCCGCCCACAGUCAUCCUUCCGCAACAAUACCUGACACUCUCAUUGUGUCACGCUGGAAAACAGCAAUGAUCACAAAGGUCUUCACCAAUACCGUACAGUAUAUGUACUGUACAGUACAGUAUAUGCACAGUAUGUGUACUGUAUUUACAGUACAGUACAGUAUGUGUACUGUAUGUACAGUAUUCACACUCCUACCGUCAGGCAGACGCUAAAGGAGUUUGAAGUCCAGGACCACAAGGCUGGCAAACAGCUUUUACCCACAGGCCAUCAGGCUUCUCAACGAAGCACUCACACACGCCGCACGCAACACACACACACACACUCAUAGCACUUUAUUUAUUUAUUUAUUUAUUU